AUGAGACUCUCUCUCCUUGUUAUCGCCAGUGGACUGGCAAGUGUCGCCUUUGCCCAAACGGCCGGCGGUGUCCCGUCCUGCGCGCAACCCUGCGUUGCCAAAUUCACAACUGGUUCCACAAUCGCUGGCUGCAAUGGCCCGGACGUCACCUGCAUCUGCUCGAACAAGGACUUCCUGAAUAAUAUCGCAUGCUGCUUGGUCGGCGUCUGCAACCAAGCUGACCAGGACGCUGCUACUCUAUAUGCCCAUCAGAUAUGCGCAGCGAAUGGUGUCACCAACCUUCCAGCGUCAGUGGUUUGCUCGUCAUCUGCAACAAGCUCAACGUCAACCGCAACUGGCACAAAUGCGGUUUCGGCGGCCACCACAAGCGGUACCUCAACGACAACAACGGCGGGUACCUCUGCAAGCUCCUCGAGUCCUACGGCAACAAAGAAUGCUGGGCCUCAUAAUAAUGUUGCGGGUAUCGGUGCCGGUAUUCUUGGUGGAUUGGCCGCAGUAAUGGGUGCUUUGGUGUAA